UGGGAUGGGUCGGUUGCAAAAGAUUCUCAUUCCAUUUCUGGGAUUGGUUUUGGCCUUCUGGUUCUAUUCUGCGAGGGACACUUUCAAUCCGGAGAUGCUGCGGGGCAAGCGGGUGAUCGUGACAGGAGCCAGCACGGGCAUCGGGGAGCAGAUGGCUUAUCACCUGGCACGGAUGGGGUCCCACAUCCUCGUCACGGCACGGACAGAGGCCAAGCUGCAGAACGUGGUGCAGCGGUGCCUGGAGCUGGGAGCAGCCUCGGCACGCUUCGUCAGCGGCACCAUGGAGGACACAGCCUUCGCCCAGCACGUGGUGAGGGAGGCACAGACCUCGCUGGGAGGCCUUGACAUGUUGAUUCUCAACCACGUUGGUGCAUCCUACUUUGGCUUUUUUGAUGGGGAUGUGGAGCACGUCCGAAAGCUCCUGGAAAUCAACUUCCUCAGCUACGUGGCCAUGACCACGUCAGCCCUUCCCAUGCUGAAGGAGAGCGAGGGCAGCAUUGUGGUGGUUUCAUCCAUGGCAGGUAAAGUCGGGUUUCCCUUUACCGUCCCCUACUCUGCGACUAAGUUUGCCCUGGAUGGAUUUUUCAGCUCCCUGAGGCAGGAAUUCACCAUUCAGAGCAUUAAUGUUUCCAUCACGCUCUGCAUCCUCGGCUUCAUCGACACCGAGCGCGCAGUGCGCGCUGCCGCGGAGGUUCUGCAGGAGCGGCCGGCUCCGCGGGACGAGUGCGCUCUGGAGAUCCUCAAGGGCGCAGCGCUGCGCCGGAGGGAGCUCUACUAUCGCUACAGCUCCACACGGCUGCCGCUGCUGCUGCGGGACUGCGCCGCAGAGCUCCUGGAUUACCUGGUGCGGAGCCGCUACCGCCUGCCCGCGCCCCCCGGCGCCCCCCGCCCGCCGCACUGA